GUAAUUAAUAUAAUCACUCCUAUAAAUCUAGUUACCAGCCCCAAUUUUCCAUCAAAUUUUCUUGUACAUUAAUUUCUCCGAAUCGGAAUUCAAUCCAUGGCUUCAUUAGACUGCUCAGCCGCCCAGCUGGCGCCGUUCCUCGGCACCAACGCCACAAACGCCGCCGCCGCGGCGGACUACAUCUGCCGCCAGUUCUCCGCCGUGUCGGACAGAUUCACGGACACCUCCUACGCCGUGGACUCCACUUACCUCCUCUUCUCCGCGUACCUCGUCUUCUCCAUGCAGCUCGGCUUCGCCAUGCUCUGCGCCGGCUCCGUCCGCGCCAAGAACACCAUGAACAUCAUGCUCACCAACGUCCUCGACGCAGCCGCCGGCGGCAUCUUCUACUACCUCUUCGGCUUCGCCUUCGCCUUCGGCUCCCCCUCCAACGGCUUCAUCGGCCGCCACUUCUUCGGCCUCAAAGAAAUCCCCUCCCCCCUCUUCGACUACAGCCACUUCCUCUACCAAUGGGCCUUCGCCAUCGCCGCCGCCGGCAUCACCAGCGGCUCCAUCGCCGAGAGAACUCAGUUCGUCGCUUACUUGAUCUACUCCUCCUUCCUCACCGGCUUUGUUUACCCUGUUGUUUCCCAUUGGUUUUGGUCCGCCGACGGCUGGGCCAGCGCCGCCAACCCCGGCCGCCUCCUCUUCGGAUCCGGCGUCAUCGACUUUGCCGGCUCCGGCGUGGUCCACAUGGUCGGCGGCAUCGCGGGUUUUUACGGAGCAAUAGUCGAAGGCCCAAGAAUCGGGAGAUUUGACCACUCUGGCCGUGCUGUGGCCCUGCGGGGCCACAGCGCGUCCCUGGUGGUAUUAGGCACUUUCCUAUUAUGGUUCGGGUGGUACGGGUUCAAUCCCGGGUCAUUUCUCAAAAUCCUCACCCCGUACCCGGGCGGCGGAUACUACGGCCAGUGGUCCGCCAUCGGGCGGACGGCGGUCACCACUACUCUGGCCGGAUGCUCCGCCGCCCUCACGACAUUAUUCGUGAGGCGGCUGGUGUCCGGCCACUGGAACGUGACAGACGUCUGCAACGGGCUAUUGGGUGGGUUCGCAGCCAUCACGGCCGGGUGCUCCGUGGUGGAGCCCUGGGCCGCGCUGAUAUGCGGGUUCGUGGCCGCGCUCGUGCUCGUUGGGUGGAACCUGGCUGCAGAGCGGGCCAAGUACGACGACCCGUUGGAGGCGGCCCAGCUGCAUGGUGGGUGCGGCGCGUGGGGAGUGAUAUUCACGGCGCUGUUCGCGACGGAAGAGUACGUGAACGAGGUGUACCCGGGGCGGGCGGGUCGGCCGUUCGGGUUGUUUAUGGGAGGCGGGUGGCGGCUGCUAGCGGCCCAUUUGGUUCAGAUUGUGGUGAUUGUCGGGUGGGUCAGUGUUACCAUGGGCCCUUUGUUUUACGGAUUGCAUAAGCUUAAGCUUCUUCGGAUCUCGCCCGAAGACGAGAUGGCGGGUAUGGAUCUGACCCGACAUGGUGGGUUCGCUUACGUGUAUGAGGAUGAUUCGCGGGAUAAUGGCGUGCGAAAUGGUAGGGCGGAAUCAUUUCCAGCAAUGGCUACAAUUUAGUUUAUUUUAUUUUAAGUAUAGUUAUUAUCAAGAAUCAUGAACUUAUAUGAAUAUUUGUGAUUGAUAUGUUGAUUAACUUUUUGUGCA